AUGUAUGGGGCCCAACUGUGCAGAUGGUGUAUGCAAAGACCGAGGCUGCCUCAACGGCGGUUGCAUAGGCUCGGAUUGCGAAGGCGGUGGCGGUGGUGGCGGAGGCACUGGACACCGGCACUUGCGCGGGCUCUUCCUGCACGGCCUUUGGAGGCGCAACUGGCGGUGGAGCCCGACGAUGGCAAAGACCCGAAGUCAUGCAGCACAAGCAGCAGGUACAGGACAUGCACGACGAAGUUGAUAGUGUCCAAGACAGUCUUCCCCGAUGCAGACUCGACUGCUACCACGACCAGCACGAGCAGCACCUGUUACACGGUUACAGCAUGCACUGGCUCACAAUCAGCCUUCACGACGACCACUCAAACCACUACCACCGUCGAGGAUCUUUGCGCACCGACUGCCUGCGGAAAUGCCUGUGGACCCGUGAAGAGAAACAUGGGCGUGAUACCGACUGCCGUCCCACAGCUGGAUGACUCAGGCGUUCUGCAUAUCGGAUCAAUGAGCUCCAACAGCGCUCUCGCUAAGCGCGCAAUAUCCAAGCGCGACAUCCCGCUGGAUGACACGGGCGACUGGGCGAAUUAUUACAGGACCCUCAAAGCAGACCCCAACACUUUUGUCAUCGAUAACUAUGCCCAGACAGGAGGAACACUCGCUUCAUGGGUCCGGUAUAAGUGGGGAAACUCGCCAAUCAACGUGAUUGUCCAGGACUUGUAUGGUUGCAUCGCUGUCAUUGCGGUAUCACAGCUGGGUGUUUUUGUCGGCCACUUCUGGGAGAAGAACAGCGUCAUUGUUCCUGAUAGGUUCUUGAUUGAUGUUAUCGGCACACUGCAAUCAAACUUCGACCCCUCAUCGGAUACUAGCAAGGAGUACUUUGGACCGUCAACACGAUUCUACAUCAUGUCUGGUACUGCCAAAUCCACAGUGACGAACGGCCCUGAUGAUAUUGCGAGUCUCGGUCGAUCAGACCCUGCAGGGCCAUUCAGGGCACAGCAAGUGGAAAGCAUUAAGCGCCUACUCAGUGUGUAUAGCGACGACAUUGUUGUAUACACGUACUUAAGGCAGCGCGACGAGACUAUCAGAGAACAAGGAGGUUGGGGCAGGGCAGCAGUAUCUUUCCAUCCAGCUCAGAGCACGUUCCCCGGAGGACCGUUACUUCCCGGUACCGCGCUGGUCAAAGUCGUACUACAAGGUACUCCCCUGGAGAACAGGUUCUGGCCAUACGUACAGAUCGACGUCUGGCGAGUCAACAGCGGCGGCAAAGCCACCAACGUGGCCAAACAAGUGGCAGCGGGUCAAGUCAUCAACCCCUGUAAUGACCUGAACCAAGUGGCCAGCACCGAAACGGUGACUCUCGGGUCUGAAAACGUGGGUGUUGGUCGUAGCCAGCCGUUCGCCAUUUUGCAGAGCAACGGUGUCGUACUUCAAGGUGGUGGUAAUUGUGCCUUCUCCGGUGGCCCUUACGCACCUGAUCGAAGCUCGGGUCUCAUCGCUGGGCAAUUCACUUGCGACAGCGGAACACCCGUCUUGAGAGACUGUUUCAGGCCCACGAACAAUUUGGCCACCACUUGUGGUAGAGGAGCGGCUAGUGGGUGUGGAAAGCUGGGUCAGAACUGUAAUGAUUACUACCAGCUCGUAGCAUCUUGCCGCAUCUAG